GUUGGAAAGUCGUAGGAGUCGUUCCACCAAAUUGCGGCCUCGGCCAUGCGAUCCGUCAGCGACGCUGAGCUAUUAUCUCGGGCAAAUCAUAUGACUCCUCCGCACGUGACUUUAUUUACAGUAAGAGUCUUAUACCCGCGCGAACAUGUAUGGUGCAGUUCCGCGUGACAUGAUAGACGCAGGUCCGAUCCGCGAGGUCCGAUGCGAUAACUAUAGACGACGGGCCGUGGCUUUAUGAUGCCGUUGCUCGAUAAGCUGCUACCUGCGAGGAAGAGCAGUCCGCGCGAAAGUGCCGAGAGCCCAGUGUCCAGCGCGCGAACAACUGGGAAUGAUAGUUAUUGUAGGAAUUCCGUGUUGCAAGUUGGAACGGAUCAAGUACGAAUUUUGCUAUUUCGAGAAUGUGAAUGGCGCGGCAGAAAACUUCUCUUUGAUUCGAUGACGAUACAAAAGCACCAAAAUAAAAAUGAAGCCGUGUGUACUACGGUGAAUAACAUUAUUAAAGGAAAAUGUGAGACACCUUUUAACAUAGGAACUGCUCGCGAGUUUGAGCGGGAUAAAACUAUUGAAGAUGACGUAAAUCUUCUGAGCGAAAUGGUGUUCGGCACGGUAGCAAUGACGUACAGAGGAUCGUCGUUUAAAGUACAUUUAAUGAAUUCCCCACCAUGUAUCAUGUGCACAAAGAUCUUUCCGGCGACUGAACAUGGCACAUGCAAGAGCGAAAAAGUUUCGGAUGAAGGACUCGGUCGGUCCAUGCACAUAGAUUCUACUUCCAGCAAUACUAGUAUGCGAUCAUUUCAAUCCCGGCCGAGCUCUGGCAAUCUGUCGAGUAACGAUUCGCACGUGGGUCCACGAAAGAAUUCGACGUGUUCGAGUAUCGGCAGUGGCUGGGACAUAGACAUAACUCCACCGACGGGCAGUUCGCAAUCGUUGGAGAGUAAUGGAUCUUCCGGGAUUGGCAGUCUUACCAGCUUGCGUAGAAGAUGGUUGAGGGCAGUCUCUACUUCCCUUGGGCGAUCAGACUCCGACGACGCCUUCGGGAUGCAGCACUGGAAUGAGAAUGGAAGCGACGGACGUGAUGGACAAGCAAAGCGACACAAAACCAGGCUGGGUUUAACGAUGUUAGUGCGAUUGGCUCAGGGUCGUGAAAGCCAAAUAAAGAUGCGGCUUUUAGAACACAUGGCUCUCUUAGAAGGGAUGCUCGAUCGUUUGCGAUAUUUUUGCAUCGAAACUAGCAACAUCAACUGCAAGAGGAUGCAGUUAACUGAUAGAAUGUGCAAUGCGACGUCCCGAUUUGUCAUUUCGCUGUUGCAUAUACUUCUUGAUAUUGAUGUUAAUACCCGCACGCCUCUACUGUGGCACGACGUUCUACUUAACUCCGUGACGGUGAACGAGAAGACAAACACCCUGCAUCGCAGUUUGCAACAGAUGUGUCAAUUGUUCGACGAAAUCGAUACAAAAUCAACAAAUUUUUUUCUAAGCACCGUGGUAACUGCCGUAUUAACGUAUCAUCUUGGCUGGGUGUACACCGUAUUAUCUCCUAACGAUCGGCAUAUGAUCGAGAAGCUAGGUGGCUGGUAUUCUUGCAAUCCAUUGUGGGCACAACUUGGCGAUCUGUAUGGCGCGCUAGGCAAUCCCGUGAAAGUAGCACAUACCGUAGUUGCAGGCGACCCUCGCAAAAGUGAUCUAAUUAAUUCCGUAUUGUCGUUCCUAUCUUACUUCAUCCGCAGCGGGACGAUACGAAAGUGUCAGGAAUAUCGUUGCACAUCGCAGCAAGACGUACAGAUGGCGACGGAUAUGCUGGAGCAGGCUCGCAGCAAACGGCCGUACCUAUUCAGUAACAGGAGGUCGAUGUGCGCGUUCAACGAACGAAGAGACGCCUCGAUUCGCAGACGCGAGUCGCGCGUUUUACCGUCGCGCAAGUCGGCACAGCCGUCCGAAACCGGAACUGGCGAUGCGCAAUGCACUCUACGGUAUCCUGCGGAACGAUCGAGAAUCUCACGGUCCGUCAGUCCCCUGAAGCGUAGCGACACCAUGAAAUCCGGCCUUGACACGCUCAUGACGAAAUCGACCGAAGCGCCGGUGGACCUCAAGUUUCCAGUCAAGGAAUUUCCAUCGCGUGAAAAUCACGAGAGCGAAAAGUACGAACUGAUGCAGAAGGAUCAACUUAAGGACGACAAAGAGAAUUUUAAGGCGUCGAGUGAAGUAAAAAUAAUCGUUAGUGAGAUCGGAUCGCAAGAGGACAUCACGUCAAAAGGUUGUCAACCGUUAGAUUUCCCUCAAUUUCCCUUGCGAAGUUUUGAGAAAAAGCUGGGGGCGCACAAUGUCGAAGAGAGUCUUGCGAGCGGAAAGGCUGAACUGCAUUAUUUGAAUAACAACGUAGAUCCGCUCAAGAUGUUCUACAGCAGACCCGAGUUACCGCUUGGCGCGAACGGUGGCUUUGUUGACGAACUUAAGGAAUCGCAGGUCUUCUUCACCCUCGGUGGGGAAGACAAACCCGCGAAGUUACCGUUGAGGCCGCGUCUCGGCAGCAACUGCCAGUGUUCUUACACUUUCACGAGAUUACCUAGUACAUCCGCGCAACUUCCGGAGGGUGUACUGAGGAAGAUCAUCCAGCGAAACUUUCCCGAAUCGUCGAAAAGCAUACAACCGCCCCCGGGAACGACAUCCAGUAUGGGUGCGAGGUCCAUAGGCUUUUGCUUGAAGUGCAACGGUCAAGGAUAUGCUGCCUCGCAAGAUUAUGACAGCAGCAAGCAGUUAUUGGAGACGCCGACGAACGCGACGGAGGUGUUGCGGACGUGUGGAAGUUCUGAAGGCGGCAGAACCACGAGGCUGUCGCGAUCCAACAGUCUUGAGGCUCUGAUGGAAGCUAACAGUGUCGUGGAGUUGCCAAUGCCACAAUCGCAGAAAAUUUCACAAGUCAAAACUGGAUUAAUUAAAGAAAUGGGCUUCACGAAAACUCUUAUACGAAAUAAGGCGAUGAAUGACGAGGCUAACAUAAGUACAGGCUACACGUGGGGUUUGGUGCUACAGGGGAUAACUAAGAAAAAGAAGAGGAGAAAAAAGAAGAAACUAUCAGAGGAUGAGAAGGACAAUUCUGAGAUUGAAUCGGAGGAAAAGUGGUGGUCGUACAUGCGGGAUGAAGUUAUGGCCACCGCCCGAUUUCCGACGAUCGAUCAACCGGUUGCGGAAGCACUCUGCGUGCUGGCCGAUCUGGACACGUGGCACGUCGGAAUCUUGUCGAAUAAUGCGCCCUGGCAAAGUCCUCCGCUACCUGUCGGAAUGUCGCGUCUGGUGUCAAAUAUGCUGGAAUCUUUCGCCUAUGUAUGGCGAAAAUACCACUCUCCUACUCAUUGCAUAGCCAUUUUAGAAGCUAAACUGAGGGAUUUAUGGUUGAGAAGCGAAGUCUUGGCGGAGAUGAUGAUGUCCAUGGAAGAAUCCGACGCCAAUGUGAACAGCUUAACAAACGCUCUUGAUCUCGAUGCAGCCGACAUACCACUUUUACUCGCGGUCGCAACCACUCAUUCUCCGGAAAUAGCGCAACGAUUUGGUCUUACGUUAACUUAAAUCCGUUGUUAAUAUCGGUUUAUUUCUACAUUAUUUUGAUAGAUAUUUUCUGAGUAGCGUACCAAUAUAUGAUAAUAUCCAAAUUAAAAGAAAGACUAAUGAAUCUUCACAGAAUAACAUAAUCUCAUAAUCAAUGUUUGAUUAUGAAAUUACAUAAUACCUACUCAUGCGCGCGUAAAUUAAAUUAGAUUAUAGUUAUGUAAGAUUUUAUUCUCGCGUUUAGUCAUUCGUUUUUGCGUUUUUUAAAUGAAUUGCGUUCUUAUAACACUAGCUGAUGAUUUUUUACUAAUUAAUAUAUGUAUUGUAUAUAUAUAUAUAUAUAUAUAUAUAUAUAUAUAUACUGUCCAUAUUUGGUUUUUUACACGAUUCAAACGAAUUUACAAUUGUACACAUUGAAUUAAUAAAUUCUGAAUAAAUUUUU